AGUAAUAACGAUCUGUUUGAUGUGAUUGUGAUGAAAUAGAGUAAAGUUUGUUCGUCGGUGUCGUCGGAAAAUCUUCAAUACGAAAAAUCUCGAUCGGCUAAACGAAAACAUUAGGUCAACUGCGGAGAUACGUGGCGUUACGUUCGUUUUUAUUUUGUUCAGGUGAUACCAGUAGGUGUGCAGUACGUGUGUUUGUUGGGGUGCGCUAAUCAUACGAACCCAACGGAAUGGCAUCAACGACAGAAAUCCCACCAACCGUCGACACAACACCCAGCGCCCCAGUGCUGGACAGUUUGAACAGAGAUGCACCGGCAGCGUCAACCUCGUCCUCGGCGAUGACGAGUACGAUAGACAGUGGUAAACCCUCGACCUCGUAUGCGUUCUCGUUUGUCGGCUCGAAUGCGACCCCGAGCAGUAGCACGGACAAUAACAGUACCGCCCACAGCAAUCAGCAGCAACCCGCCCCAAAUGAUCCCAGUGAACCGGACAGCGGCAAACCGAAGGCAGCUACAACGCAGGAAAAUGGAACCGAAGGUCCGGGGUCAUCAUCGAGCACCACCGGCGACGACGGAGCGGGAGAUGAGGAGAAAAAGGACGACUCGAUGUUCGAGUGCAACAUCUGCCUCGACACGGCCAAGGACGCGGUGGUUAGCAUGUGCGGGCAUCUGUUCUGCUGGCCUUGCAUCCACCAGUGGAUGAACGGGUACCGCAACACCUGCCCGGUGUGCAAAUCGUCCAUCAGCAAGGAAAAGGUGAUUCCACUGUACGGGCGUGGUGGCAGCAAGGAAGACCCCCGGAAGACGGUACCACCGCGACCGGCCGGCCAGCGGACGGAACCGGAGCACCCGACCGGCUUCCAGGGCUUCACCGGGGACAGCUUUCACAUGUCGUUCGGGAUCGGCGCGUUCCCGUUCGGGUUCUUCUCGUCGACGCUGAACUUCGGUGCGAACUAUGCGCCAGGUGGCGGGGCCGCACCCCGGGACAAUACGCGCGAAUCCGACGAGGACCAGUUUCUCUCACAGGUGUUCCUGUAUGUGGCACUCGUCUUUCUGGCCUGGCUGGCCAUGGCUUAGGAGGGGACGAGUAUAGACGCAAGAUAGACGCCGCACGGUUGCUCUUUAGGGCAAAGAAAGCUUAGCAAAAAAAGGUUUUAAAGCAGAUCAUGUUUCGAUCAACCAACAACGUGGCGUCCCUAGGCAACAAGGCAUACGUCCGUAACUACCCAUCACUUUGUACUCCUCGUCGAAAUGUAGUCCCCACAUAGGUUGGCCGUCCCAAAGCUGGUUAAAUCUGUCGUCGUUAGCAAAUCUUAUAUAUACGCAUGGUGGUACAUUUAUUUGUGAUAAUUCAAGGAAGAUUGUUUGUUUAUGGCUUACCGCGAUCCGAUGUUGGAUUUGUUUCAUAAAAGAUAAGUCAAAACACGGCGGUCGAAGAAUGAUGUAGCGUGUGGUAGUCGAUACGCGGCAGGGAUGAGAGCAUAAGCAAGGAACAUGAUGCAAUCAAAACUCUUAUGCACAUUUACGCAUCGCUAUAGACAAUUGGCAGGCAAACGAAAUGUCUUUGCUGCGUAACAAACACACAACAAAAAAACAGAAACAAUUGUUUCCCUUCACGCCCGGGGUGGCACCAGGUUGGAUAGCCGAAACUGUCAAACCUUGUCCGGAUGUCCUCAUAUGUCCCAGGAGGGGUGGUUUGUGGAAUCGAACCGAAAGGUGUAUGUAAUUUAUUGAAUGUUGUAAUAUGUGUAUAUCAGGUCACGUAAUUCAAAUUCCGGUUUCGGACGCACUGUGUAAUUAUAUUUCUGGCAUUUUAUGGUAUUCUUAUUUUUUUCUUUUUCCUCUUGUUUUACUCAAUACGAAACAAAACAAAAGGUCUUGCAGAGGUGGGCAUCAAAAUGGGAGGGACGUUCAAUACCUGUGUAAAAUGUUUAUGUAUGGUAAUGUUAAUUAAAUGAAAAUAAAAGGAAAACAAUA